CGGUUUGAAUAUUUAACCUGAAUUUCUCUGCCCCCAGUACAGUCUACUCUCCGCUACAGAUUCUGUUUACAAGAAACAAUGGCGACUGAAUAAAGUAUUUCUACAAAGACAAACUUGAAGAAUUCCAGUAUGCAUCCGUUAGGACAGAACGGAUAUAAUAGUUACUCCAUGGACCCAACCUCCCCACACUCCAACGGGAAUGGGAAUGGGUUGGAUGACUCCGGAGACGGAUCCAAGUAUUCAGACAUCAAUGCAAUCCUGGACCAGAUACUAAAUAUUACAGACCAAAGCUUAGACGAAGCUCAGGCUCGGAAGCAUACUCUCAACUGCCACCGAAUGAAACCAGCCCUUUUCUCCGUCCUGUGUGAGAUCAAGGAGAAGACAGUUCUCAGUCUCAGAAAUCUAAAUGACGAGGAUCCCCCAGAUCCCCAGUUGAUGAGACUAGACAACAUGUUAAUAGCAGAGGGCGUGGCUGGUCCUGACAAGGGAGGUUCUGCUACUGCUCCACCCACUCCUCUCUCCUCCCCUGAAACCUCGAUAGAACACUCUGAUUACAAGGCUAAGCUUGGACAGAUUAGAACUAUUUACCACCAAGAACUGGAGAAAUAUGACCAGGGAUGUCAGGAGUUUACAACUCAUGUAAUGAACCUACUACGAGAGCAGUCUAGGACACGUCCUAUCACACCCAAAGAAAUCGAGAGAAUGGUUGGAAUCAUACACAAGAAAUUUAACUCAAUUCAAGUACAAUUGAAACAAUCCACCUGUGAGGCAGUAAUGAUCCUGAGAUCCAGGUUCCUAGAUGCCAGGAGGAAGCGAAGGAACUUCAGCAAGAAGUCGAGUGAGGUUCUCAACGAGUACUUCUACUCCCACCUGUCCAACCCCUACCCCAGUGAGGAGGCGAAGGAGGAAUUGGCCAGAAAAUGCGCGAUUACAGUUUCACAGGUUAGCAAUUGGUUCGGAAACAAGAGGAUCAGAUACAAGAAGAACAUUGUCAAGGCACAAGAGGAGGCGAAUAUGUACGCCGCCAAGGCAGCUGCCGCCGCCGUAACUCCUGGAGGUUCGCCGGGACCUAUGAUGUCCCCCGGGAGUCAAUGGGGCGGAAGCCAGUAUUCUGGAGAUGGCCCUGCCUAUGGCGGAUACUAGAAUAGAAAUUAGCGUAUACGUAUUAAUAAUCACGUAAUUUAACAUGUUUUCGUUCAAUGUUGAGAAUAUGUAAAUUAUGGCGUUCUAUACUGUGAACUUUCAUUUGCUUGUCAUCUGGGGUUAUUGAAUAAAAUCAGAUCAAAAUGGCGAAUAAAACAAAUGACAUGAAUCUCUGAAAAUCUUUGAAUAGCUAUUUCAAAUGUACUCGUCACUUAAACGGCAGAAUAUACUUCUAAACGUAGUUCUGCACAAGCCAAUGCCGAGUACUGGUAAAAUCUGGCAAAAAUGUAGGCAAACAAUAAAUAGAUUGGUCUUGGGCAUAUUUUUAUUCGGCAACGUUUCAUUCAUUCUAUGCCAAGCAAUGGAUUUAUCAACCCAGAGAAAAUUAUUCAACAUAUGACUUAACUUUAAUCUGUUUUUGUGAAGAUUGUUUUUUGUCAAAUAGUGGAUAAUCUGUAAGCUUAUAGCGGAUAACCUAUAAUAAGCCUAAGACGGAUAAACUGCAAGUUUCUGACGAUUAAAUUUUAAGCUUAUGGUGGAUAAUCUGUAAGCAUAUGGCUGAAGAUCUGUAAGCUUGUGGUAGAUAAUCUGCAAAACCUAAAGCGGCUAAUCAUGGCGGAUAAUCUCUUAACUUAUAGCGGACAAUCUGUAAACUUAUGGCAGAUGACCGGUAAGCUUAUGGCAGAUGACCGGUAAGCUUAUGGCAGAUGACGUGUGUACAAUUGCAUAUUAAAUUACUUGACAUUAGUGUGCUUCAAAAGCAACUCUGUACAAAUGCAUCCUCGAAUCGUGGCAAAUUUAAAACUUCAAGAUUCAAAGAUUUUAAGAUUUUGCUCAAAGCAACCUCCACCUCGGUCCAAUUAUCAAUAUUUAUUGAACAUAUUCAGCUUUUUAUUUAUUUUUAAUAUUGGUCGCUUGGCGUUCAUCUUACUUUAGAAACCGCUUUUUACGUUACCAAAUAAUUUGCUAAUUCAUGUUCAGAAACCAACCCCCCCCCCCCCUCCUGUAGUUUAAUUAAAUUCUAUACAUAUUGCUUCAAUUCUUUAAUUGUACAAAUUAUGGAUAGAACCUAUAACAUGUACAGAUCUUCUGUUUACCAGUAACCAGUGUGCUAACAUGUUUAAAAAUCAAAAUAUGCAAUAUUCUAGAUUUAGCUCAUUAUAAUCCAAGUUUACUAAAGAUAGGUAAGAUGGUUGGAUUUAUUCUUGUUUAUUUUUCAGUCCAAUCAUUUAAUGAUACAUAAGUUUAGAAUAGUAUUACUAAAAUGAUUAUGUGGCGGAAAAUUAACAAGAUACGGAAAGAAAUUUUACUCCAAGAUUUAGAAAAUCCCAUCACCAAAUCUUUGAAAGUAACCUUGGAUGUUGUUGUUGAAUCCUUCCAUUUCUUCAUAAAACCAUCUUGCAUCUCAGCUGGGUUUAUGCAGUUUUUCUGGACUUUAGUUUUUCUUUGUAAAUAAUACUAUUGUUGAUAAAUGUAUUUGAGAUUUCAGUAUUA